AUGGGUAAAGGAGCAGCCAAAUUUGGCAACAUAAGCGGUCUACUGCCCGCUAGACGAGCAAUUUUAAAAAAUCCUACAACAAAGCAGAUUUCAAAAGUAAAGGAAGCAAAUACUCCACUACCUAAAGGUUUCAAAGGUCUUGGGUAUGCUGAAAACGUUGCUCAUCCUUCAGGAUCCAGCAGAGAGCCCCCUAAGCCUAAAUUCAUCGAUGUCGAACAAAUGAUCAAGCAAACUGUACCUUUGCCCAAGACCGUAAAGACUCCAAAAACGCCUCAGCAGGAAAUGAAAAUGCGCCAGGCAGAACUUCGUAGGGUGUAUCUUGCACAGGCUUUGCGUGGAGAGGAGCGCAGGCUUUUGAAACAGGAAGAAUUACUCGCAAUGAAGCAGAAGUUGAUGAAGGAAAAGCAGCAAGAAAAGCUAGAUGAGUUAGCAAAAUCUCGGUCAAGUGACCUCACCGUUCCCACUCUUGAAAACCUCAUCAACCAGCCUAUUAUGAGAACCCGUACUCCUGAAGAAGAGGAAAUCCUCGCCCUCAAGAGAAAACACAACACAGAACUAUUCCAAUUCAAGAUCAAGCAAAAAAGAAUGGCUGACUUAGUCGCAUUGUACAAUGUUGCCGAUGAAUUUAUUGUCAGCGAAAAGAAACUCGUCCAGCAUAUUGAAAAGGUGUUUGAUAAUUUCAACAUCGAAAGCAUCAGAUCGAAAGCAACCAGUGGCGUCUUUAAUCCUCUCGACAAGCAACAAGCAGAAAUCAUUGACGCGGUAACCGGUACUACGACAGGCCGUCUCGACGGUCAAUAUCCUCCAACUAAUGUAAACCAAACAUAA